ACGAUGAACAGCGAGAACAUUAGCGCUACGUGGAUGUGGUGGAACUGGACAGUGUCUGAUGCAUCGGGCGACGACUACGAUGCGAACGUCACCGAUAGUGACAUCUUGAUGAAUAUCAGUGGUCGUAAUGAGACGUCACCUGAUGUUCACAUCAACUGGGACGAUUGGGAUGGCGGAUUGUGGACACCCGAACAGAGGAAUAUACUCGAAGGAGGCGUUAUACCACGUCACGUUCACAUCAGUUUAGGCAUCCUGCUCAGUGUCAUCGUCCUCUUUGGUGUGAUAGCCAACUCGGCUAUCCUCUACGUCUUUUCGAGGUUCAAACGGCUGAGGACACCGGCUAACGUGUUCAUCAUCAACCUGACAAUCUGCGAUUUCUUCGCUUGCUGCCUACACCCUUUGGCCGUCUAUUCAGCUUUCCGGGGCCGCUGGUCUUUCGGCCAAACAGGUUGUAAUUUGUACGGCAUGGGUGUGGCGUUCUUUGGACUCAACAGCAUCAUCACACUGUCGGCUAUCGCGUGCGAGCGCUACAUCGUCAUCACGUCGAGCAGUUGUCGGCCGGUCGUGGCCAAGUGGCGCAUAACGCGCCGUCAAGCGCAAAAGGCGUGUGCGGGUAUUUGGUUGCAUUGCGCAGCGCUCGUGUCUCCUCCGCUGCUGUUCGGAUGGUCCACUUACCUUCCGGAAGGCGUUUUGGUGACGUGUUCCUGGGACUACACGUCCAGGACGCUCUCCAAUCGGCUCUACUAUUUCUACCUCCUGUUCCUCGGAUUCGUCCUCCCCGUUUCCGUUCUGACGUUUUGCUACUCGGCCAUCUUCCGCUUCAUCGUCCGAUCGUCCAGGGAGAUGACGCGGCUGAUCAUGACCAGCGACGGCAAAUCGUCGUUCAGUAAAACGACCAUGUCGUUCCGCAAACGCCGCCGGCAGACGGACGUCCGUACGGCGCUCAUCAUUCUCUCGCUGGCCUUGCUUUGUUUCACGGCCUGGACGCCGUACGCCAUCGUCAGUCUCAUCGGCCAGUUUGGGCCACUCGACGAAAACGGCGAGCCGAAGAAGCUCUCCCCGAUGGCGACGGCCAUCCCCGCAUUCCUGGCCAAAACGGCCAUUGUGUUCGACCCGCUAGUUUACGGGUUCUCUCAUCCGCAGUUCCGCUCCUCCGUCCGGCAAAUCCUGCGUCAGCACAGCCUGGAUAGCAGCGCCAACGGCAUCCGCGGUGGACCCAACAAUACCACCAUGAUUGUCAUGAGACGGCCAACGACCCGCAAUUGUCAUUCGCCGCGGGCCAGUUCCAACGUCGUCUUCACCUCAUUAAGCCGCAGCAUCCGCAUGAAUGCCAAAGAAGCGGCAUCAAGAAAACUGUCCAACGAUCCUUCCGUUUCGACAUCGCUAGUCACAACGGCCCAGAAUUCGCAAUUCCGAUUUCCGCCUCAUCCCGACAUGGCCGCCCACAUCCAACAGCUCCGCAAAAGUGAAAGUAUGAGGAAGUCGUGCAUGAACAAACGCAACAACAGCCUGAACUACGCGAAGAGCGGCAGCACCCGCCGCAUGGGCAGCGCGUCCAGUAAGCACAGCCAUCAGUCGCUAUCCGCCGCGGAGGAGGUAUCCAUCGCUAACUCGUCUUCGCUGCGCCUGAUGAUGUUGCAGGAGGAGAGCGAAUUCCAUUUAUUCCGGCAGCAGCAGACGACGGCGGACAAAUUGCAACGAGCGGCCAAACGCGAACGCAUGAUCCAACUCUUAUCCAGCGGGAGCAGCAAUCCGCCUGCGGAUAGCCAAACAAAUCGAUCAGCGGGCAGCAAUAAACACGCCGAGAAGCGGAGGCGUUCAUCCGAGCCGGAUCUGAUGCGCUGCUCUGUGCGAUUGAUAGCCGACGCUCCGAGUCUCAGCUGGGAGGAGUACCGCCGCAAAAGGAACCAAUACAUCCGCAGCAUUUUCUUCCGCAGCGCCGGUAACCUGCUGUCGGCUGACGUGGGUGUUGACAAGAACGGGUUCUCCGAAUAUCCCAUUCUUCUGUUGAGCGCCGGAAGCGAAGACACUAAAGACGCGCACAGCCCUAAGGAUCGUCAAGGCUCCAAGAGUCCACUGUCUCAAUCGGCGGGCCGUAAGUUGUCCAUGACCGUCCAGUCAGUGGACCGCUUCCGGACGAUCAACAACCGAAUGGGCCAGAAGUUGCAGCAUUUGGACGCCGAAGGCAAUAAUAAGAACAAGGCCCGAUCCAACAGCACGGCGUCUCAGCGUCGCUCCUCGUCCUCUUCGUUGUCCGUCGAGCGCUCGAAAAAGUCCGGCAGCAAUUUAUCGACGCCCACAUAUCAGACGGCCAGGCGUUAUUCUGCCUCGCCCAUCCACGACCAGUGUUGCGAGUGCGCUUACAAAGCACUCAGUCAGACGGUGACGCUGGUCAAAAUGGCGACCUCCGGCACGGCCGACAGUUCCAGCCAUGAACGCGGUCAGGCCAAUUGGAGGGCCUGUAUGGUCAGCGGUCGUGAUUCCCUUUCCUGCUCACUAAAUAGUCCUUGAAAAAUAGAAAUGGGUUAGCUGGGGGAAAAGAAACAUUGGAUGGUUUAAUGAAUCAUUCAUGACAUCAUUCCCUAUUGUUGAU